CUAUCCACUGGACGACGUCCGCUGCAUUUCCAUACAAGAACUAAGACUAGUCGUACGAAGGAGCUCCAAGAGGGUGACCCCGAACCGUAUGUAUAGAUCGGAGAGAAUUAUGCGAAGACACAGGGCAUUAAAGAAGGCGACUGGUUGAUCGUCGAAUCGAGAAGCGGCAAAGUUGAGCUUAAGGCGAGAGUCGGGUCGAUGGUAGAGGGACAGGUCUUUGUCCCAUUCCAUUUCGGAUAUUUUGACGCCCAAGAUGGGAAAGCCAGAGCUGGCAACGAGCUCACUCAAGAUACGAAAUAUCCCAUCGAUCUGUUUCCGUUAGCUCCGCUGUGCGUAGUGGGAGAGCAUCCAAUUUCGAAGCGGCCACUGUUCAAGUCUAGCUCAGUGAGAGUGACUAAAGUCGAGAAACAGGACGAGGGCGAAGUCCCACAUCCAUGAGCAACAAACGUCCGCGGACAAACGUGUCGAACAGAUCCAGAAGCGGCACACUGCAGAC